AUGUUCGAUGCGUUGUAUUUCCUGAACUCCAGGGGCACACUGCUUUUGUCUCAGAGCUUCGGAGUUCUCGAAGUGCCGGCUGCACAUUUGGCAGCUUUUCGCCACGCGCUUUUCCCCCGGCUCUAUAUUCAGUCUGCGCCCCCGGUGGUGUGCGUGGGGGAUGCUAAGGAUAAAACCACCUUCUUUUACGUCUCCAUAGGGGCUGCUGAGACGCUUGCUGAUCAAGAUUUGACCAAAUCUGCCUUUGUGGGGCUGGAGGCUUGUCUUCGGCGGACAGAUGUUGCACUACGGAUGGGGGGUAGUGGGGGCCUUGUGGCUGCCGCUGCCUGCAGGGGCAACCCUAAUGCCACGAUGGCUUUUGAGCUCCUUCGUCGCCUGCUCUUGCUGCUGCAAGAAUGCACUAUCCGGUCGGGCGCUUCCCCCAUAGCCAUUGGGGCCUUGGGCAGGCGCCGAUCUCAGGGGAACCUAACUGAGUCCUUCCUCCUCUCUCAUGCAGAUUUGGUGUAUGAACUGCUGGAUGAGGCAAUCGACAGAGGCAUACCUCAAACCUCUGAUCCUAAAGUGCUUCUGCUCUUUGCAGAAGCCAUCAGUGGCCUGCGCAGCGCAGGAGGACCCAGCGUGCAGGCCGACACCAGUGAAGGUGCUUCAAGACUGGUCGCCCAGGCGACUGGGGUGACCCCGUGGCGACCUGCUGGGAUCCGCCACAGGAAGAACGAAUUGAUAAUUGAUGUCGUAGAGAAGUUGCACGUCCUUGUGGCCCAGAGCGGCAGCAUCAUUCGGCAGGAAGUGGAGGGCAAGGUAAUCGCCCAGUGCAGCCUUUCCGGAAUGCCAGAGUGCAAAAUCGUGACGAAUGAGAUUGUUGCAGCGAAUGGCAAACAGAAGCCCAAGGUCCAGGCCAUCACCAACGCGCCGCUUCCGGGAACCGCAGUGGACGCCACGAAAAGUGUCCAUGGAUCGGUGUCUACAGCGGGUGCCUCUAUUGGAGGUCCCCGGCGCCCUAGUCGGCCCAGUGAGCCGCAUUCACCCUUCGUACCAACAAAUGUCAUUCCGCAGGGCACUGCGGCAUUUGUGCCGAUCGGAGCCAGGGAAAGCGUGAAAACUCUGGGGUGUAGCUAUCAUGAGUGUGUGCGCGUUUCGACGCAAGCCAACGAAAUGACCUUGGCCUUUGCUCCUCCAGAUGGGACCUUCGAGAUUAUGAAUUACAGGCAAGCACAUGGGAUAGGCCGAGUUCUGUUUGUCUGUCGCUUUGACAAAGUAUCCUCCUACUACCUGUUUUUAUGCAGGUGCGACGACUGUGUGAAGGUCCCAAUUAAGCUUUGCCCCUUCUAUUUCGAAAAGAGGGCAGGCCGCUUUGAGUACUUGGUAUAUAUGAAGGCCCAAUUUUCGCCAAGAAUAGCUGCCAAGGACGUAGAGGUAAUUGUUCCAACACCGCCAGAAGCCAGCAGGAUCUUCAUUCCUUCAAUGGCUGGCUGGGGCAAAAUGGAGUAUGACAGUUCGCAACUGGCCGUUGUGUGGAAAAUCCCCAAGUUUCCGGGGGGCCACGAGUAUUCUCUGCGCUUUGUACUGGAGGUUUAUAGUCCCCCGUCACCCGUGCGAGGCCCCUUGCGUCUUUCCUUCUCCCUCCCCGGUUUCACUGCAAGCGGCUUCUACAUUCGGCAGCUGCGAGUCACUGAAAAGGCAAACUACUCCGCAUCCAGGACUGUCUCCUAUUACACGGAGUCUGGUCAGUACGAGCUGAGGAUCUAA